AUGGCUGGUGGUACUUUUGCCGUCAAUCGUGUGGAAUGUGCUCUUGUUUGGAUACAGUUAGUAAGGUCGAUUGCAUUAGCAAUCUUUUUACCAUGUUUGUUAUUCCUUGCUAGAUUCUCCUAUGAAACUUUGACAAUGAGUUGGAAGAAUGCCAGACGAGAUGAAUUGGCCCAUAAGUUUUAUUUACCACUUGUGGAAGAGAUGAUUAAAGUUGGUACUUUGUUGAUCAUGAAAGCUAUAUCGAAUAUCCAAUACAUUCAGUUAGGAUAUGUUCUAAUAUUUUUCAAUACAGUGCAACUUAUGGAUAGACUGUCGAUGUAUUUGCCUCAUUCGGAAAACUUUUCUAAAUUGUAUGAAUUAUUUACUCAUCAAAGAUCCUUUGAAAGUAAACAUGCUAAUGACAGUAAAGAGGAAAUGCAAGCUUUAUUCAGAAGUAUUCUUAAUAAUUCAGAUCCUGAAGAAACUCCAGAUAUCAGAGGUUCUAUAAGUUCAGAUAACUCUGAUGAAACUUUAAUUGUCAAUAAAAAAGUUUCUAUUGCAAGUUUUCCUCCUACAUUUAACAUGAAUAUGAAACAACAAACAGAAUCAUCUACUCCAAUUGAUAUUGCUGAUCCUACAAACACUGUAGAUACACAUAAAAUCCUUUCUAAUUAUAAAUCUUGUUAUGAUUUUGUCGAUAAGUUAUACUCAGUUUCACCUAAAAAUACCUAUCAUUUAAAUACUGCAACUGCAAUCGCAGCUUUUGAUUCCUCAGUUACUAAUAAUCAAGAAAUAAACUAUAAUGAUUUAUUAAGUAGUGUAGAGUCUAAUGAAGUGGCUCAUAAUGAACAAGAAGAUAAUAUAGACUUGACCUUAGAUAGAGUCCAUACUCAAGAUACACAUUAUGGAGGUGGUGGUGGAGGUAAUUUCAAGUAUAAGUUUCCUGACGGAAGAAAGAUUGAGUUUGGAGGUGGUGCAGGUUUUGAUUAUUCUCAUACUAAGCCAGAUAGUGGAAAAUCUAAUGCACUUGACAUAUAUGAAUCCAAAGAAUCUGGAUUAGUUCGUUUUGUUAAUUGGUUUUCUUGGUUAUUUCCUCAAUUUCUUCCUAUUAAUGCUGUUCAAGAGACUAAAGUUGCUUCUGAGAAUACACAUUUGAUUAGAAAGAGGUUAUCUACAUAUAAAAUCAACAAUCGAUCUCAAUCCCUUGUAUCUAAUUCUGCUUCAAUCGUAACUUAUUUUACUGAUGAGCAAGCGAAUUAUUAUGAUACAAAUGUACCAGUUAAUAGGUACCAAAACUUUCAAUAUUUCAUAACUAUCUUUUUUGAUUAUUCAUUUGAUGAUUUCAAAAGUGUGAUAGAUGUUCCUCCUUUAUUUAAAAGAUUUGGCUUAAUGUUAAAUGAAUUCCCAAUUUGCUAUGAUUUGAUGGAUUCUAUAAACAUUUUAAGUUGGAACUUUAUCGCUUUUGUUGUAUAUGGAGGUUUGUUUAUUUCAAGUGACAAUGUGGUACCAAUUACAGCUGCUAUAAUUAUUUUCGUUGUCAAGCUUUUCAAAUUGAAUUAUUUGAAUAAUUCUGAACAGAGAUUAGGAUUCAAAAUAAUUAUUUUAUGUGAGUCGUUUAUUACAGUGAUUGGACUAUUAGUAUGUAGUUUAUUGUAUUUUAGAAAAUUGGUUUAG